AUGAAAUUUGAUACUAAAUCUAUCAAACUUAAUACUGCUAAAUCUAUCAAAUCUAAUACUGCUAAAUCUAUUGAACUUGACACUAGUUUUAACAAUCAUUUUCAUGCUAAAACAGAAAUAGUAAUUGG